AUGUAUAGUAAUAAAUACUCUGCACCAACUUCACCCACUCUUUCAGCAAGGACUUCAAGUUCUAUCACUCAUUCAAUUAGAACAGCCGAACCAAUUUCCAAUCCAAGCGUCAUUCUUACUCGUACUGAUAUACGCUCUUCGAUUGAAGCUUACGAACAACUUUUAGCAGCUGCCAAAAUAUAUAGGAAUCAAUUGAUGGCUCUUGCACAAGCUACAGCUAAUUUUGGUCAAUCCUUGGAAAGAAUUGCUCAUUGUAAAGGAGCUUUGGAAAGUGGUUCUAGUUUUCAAGCUGCUGCUGGUUUACAUUACCUUACAUCAAAUCAUCAACAACUUUUGAGCGAUGCACUUUACAAAAAUUUUGAAAUCCCACUAUUGGAAAAUCUUGAUGUGCAUAAAUCAACUGUAUUUGCAAGCGAGGAAAAUUAUGAUAAAUCAUUAGCAGAGAUGAGUAAAAAAAUUAAAGAAACAGAAGCAGAAAAUUUACGAAUUGGUCGUAAACGUCAAAGAGAUCUUACACAAUUUCGCCAUGCUUUACAAGAUUUGACUAGACAAGUGGAAGAUUUAGACCGAUUAAAAGCUGAAUAUCACAGACAAACAUUAGAAAAUGAACAAAAUAAUCUUAAAUAUAUUCUUUCAAAAGUCUCAACAGUUGUUAAAGCUGAAGUAGAUAUUUUUGAUAGAAUAUCUAGUAAAGGUUUAGCAGAUCCUUUGUUAGAAGCUAUGACAACACAAAGCCCCGAUCCUUUUUGUACGUACCAAACAGCAGAUCAGUUUUCUGAAAUAUUUAGCAUUCUUCCGCCAGUUCCAAUUAUCAAUAAUACUGUUGACAUUUCGAGUACAACUACAUCAAUAUUAAAUGAUUUUUCAAAUGAUGGUUUUCAAACUCACAGUAGCAAGAAUAGUUCCCAAAAGGAAGCUAUUGAUGAAGAAGAUGGCGAUAGUGAUGAAGCUCAAGGAAUCUUUAAAGGCGUUAUUUCUUCACAUUAUCUUCAGUCUCAAAAAAUUUUCUCUGAUGUUAACAGUAAUAAUAUUGACAAUAAUAUUAAACAAUCAUCCAUCAACUCUGUUAUAUCCCCGUUUGAUCAACACUUUAACAAGUCAAAUAAAAGUGUAGCGAACAUUCCAAAUGAUGCUGAUAUAUUAAAUAAUAAAGAGUUUAAAUUUGAAGAUGGUGUGAUCGAAAAUUCGUCAUAA